AUGAAUUCAAACAACUCAUUAAGACUUAUACUCCCAAAGAACAAUGUAUGUCUAUCUACUGUUAGUUCGAGAACGUCUAGCUCUGGAUCGGAUUCGCUGGUCUCUAGCUUGCCUUCACCUUUACGUAGGCAAAUCGAACGAAUAAAUCAGCGCCCUUCAUUGGCUGUAAACACUGAAUCAACAGAAAUGGAUGAUUUCAGUGAAAAUGAUAUCGUGCAUUAUGGCGAUGUUGAAUCCGGUAAUCAAGAAUUCAACCCUCUCAGAAGCUACCGCGAACUAUAUGCCAAUGCGAUUGUCCCUCGUAGGCAUUUAAGAGCUACACAUCGAUGGGUUUUGCUACCCUCCCACAGUACUCCCCGAUUACCGAUUGAUUCUGUAACGUUUCCACCUGGACCGCGUCACUCUGGCUUCGACGUGAAUAAGGAAGGAAAACUGCGUCCAACUGUCAAGUUUUUGCUUCGCAUAGGUUCGGCGCUUUUACGACACCAAUACGACUCAGUGGCUGUGGAGAAGGCAAAUCCUUCUCCUCAACUACCACUUUGUAAUCGACGUAAACGCCGACGUAUAGAGGAGCAGUCGAAUAACAAAAAUUCUUUAGUUCCAUCAGUUAAUAUUUCUCAUUUAACGUGGAAACCGAAAACUUAUCACCGUCACUGGGAUGAGAUAUGGAAUUACUGUACUGAUAACAAAUGUCCAUAUGUUCCUGCAUCUGCUAUGCAGUUAAUACGACAUCUGGAACAAGGUCAUCAAGAAUUUGUUAAUAUCAAUCCGCUUGUUGUGCUGAUAGAAACACGUCCAAAAAGCACUGAAAAUAAUGGCAGUAUGAUAAAUCUUGCAAUGGAUUAUGGUGAUUACCUGAUGAGUCGUUUUUAUGUCCCCCUUGCAGUGAAUAUGUCCAACUCGUCUUUAAGUAUGCCAAAAUACUCUUGUUCUGUAUGUGGUUGGAUUAGCAAGAGUCAGAGGGCAUUAAGUAAUCACCUUAAACGCACUCAUGCACAAUUGACUGUUGAGCGUAUAGAGAAUCCCAAAGUUAUGAUAUGCUCUGUUUGCGGUUCGCCUAUAGGAUCUGCUAACUUAUUUCAGACUUCUUCACGUAGUCUAGACUCGGAUAUUUUUUUACACGCUUCGUGUAAACCAAAUAAUUCAUUUCACGAGAGCGCUCCUUGGUCUGGAUAUGAUGCUCAUGCUUUAGCGUGUCUUACGCUGAAUCCCUCGUUAUAUGCCAGAUUCAGUUUGCCUUUUAAAUUUGUCCGUUUCCUGUAUAAUUUAAUACAAGCUAUGAUUGUGACUCGAGUAAAUGCAUUCGGACGUUGGAGCCUCCAGUGUUAUACUGUAAAGUAUUGUGCAAGCAUAUCAGCUAUUUACGGUGAACUCAUCGAGCCAAAGAAAGUUAAACCUUUUAACCAUUCUAAAAUGAGCAGGAUCCUAGAGGAUAAUGGCAAUAUGCAGUCAAUAUUCCCUGUGAUUUCAUUACCUAUAAUUCCAACUCCAUGUACUGCGAAUCCGAAUCAAAGUAACCAAAUUACUUCAGGGAGUGUUAUUCAUUUCCCAACUGUCUUCGAGUCACCAUCUGUAACAACACAAACAAGUUUUCCUUUGCCGGGUAGUGUUAAUCCUACAAAUUUGUGUGUAUUACCGACUCCAUGUGUUGGUCAUGUGCCAAAUUUUGUGUCAAAGUCAGUUACAUGUUCUAUAGCGCCACCGACCACCUCAGUCGGUCAGUCUACUUCAAAUACAGGACAGAUACGCCCUCAAACUUCUCAACCAAUGUUCCCGAUUUGUGUCACAGUUGCUAAACAGCCUGGUGUAUCACUGAAUAGAAAAACACAGAUUCCAGUUGCACCAUGUUCUGCUGCGUCAUCGAAUAAGGCAACUGUUGUGUCGUCCGUUGCUAGUCAUUCGAGCAUUCCUAUUCAAUCGACUUCUACAGUGUCUGUUUCUACUAAUUUGACUUCACAGAAGUCAUCUCAACAGUCGUUUCCUGUUAGUUCAAGUGUAAAUACCAUACUUGUUCAACUGGGACCAAGUGAUCUAAUCGAGCGAAGUAUGGGAAAACCACCAUUUGGUGUACUCCCUGCACAAGUCCCAUGUGAAUUAUGCCAUCAGCUAAUUCCGACGAACAUCGAUGAUCAAUAUCGCCAUAUUGUAUGUUCUCAUAAUUUUCUUGGUUGUGAUUUGUGUCCGACAUUCUGUAUGACACGCGAAGACUUAAUUAGACAUGCGAAGGUAGCUCAUGGAAUUGAAGUCGUUAAUACUCCCAAUAUCUGUAAUGAAGUCACAACGUCUGUUCCACCCAAUGCCUCUUUGAAUAAUAUACCAACAACACUUGUAACCACUCCAACUGCAAAUGACAAUCUACCCAUCAGAUUGACGCGGACUACUACUACUACUACUACUCCUACUUCUACUCCAUCAGUGAACUCGAAAAUAUCAGGUAGACUACAAUCUGGAUCAGCUUCUAUACGGAUUAAUGAUUCCACUCUUAAUAGACAGUCAACAUAUGAAAGUAUUAAGUGUAGACGACGACCAGGUAUUACUAAUGAAUAUAAUGUGAAGGGUGGUGAUAACGCAAGAGGAAGACAAAGUGGAUUAGAGGCCACAACCAUGUCCAUCUCUGAUAUUGAUGAUGAUGAUGAUGAUGAUGAGUUUGUCUGUCCAAUGUGUGAAUUUCACAGCAAGAUCCGUAGCACAAUAAUGCAGCAUAUCAUGGAUGUUCAUUAGGAUUGUAAUUCUACUACUACUACUAAUGAUAAUCAUAAUAAUAAUUUGCUUUAUUCCAGAAACAGUACUAGUGGUACAGUGUGGAAUUUUCAGCACAUAUCUACAAUAUUUGCAUCUAAUUUUACAGACAUUUCAAAUAAGUAAUUAAACAACCAAAGAAAAUAAAUCUGAAGACA